UCAUGUUGUCCAAGUACAAGCUAGACUGCUGUCUAGGAGGCGCGGUGGAAAUGGUGAACAUCUCCACCGAGGAGGCCUCUGUGACGACCGACCUGGCCAUGAUUGCCUCCGCUGAUGUGGCCUCUGUAACGGCUGAUUUCACCAUGAAUGUGUCGAUGACGAGGACGAUGAGGCAUGCCAGGGGGAGGUGGAGGAGGAAGAAGAAGAGGGAGACAAUUUGAAGAAGAAGAGGAAGACAAGAAGGAACAGGAGGAAGAAGAGGGAAACAAGGAGGAAGAGGAAGAAGAAGAGGGAGACAAGGAGGAAGAGGAGGAAGAAGAGGGAGACAAGGAGGAAGAGGAGGAAGAAGAGGGAGACAAGGAGGAAGAGGAGGAAGAAGAGGGAGACGAGGAGGAAGCGGAGGAAGAAGAGGAGGCAGUUGAAGGAGGUAUGAUGUAGUAGAAGACGCAGUGUGCACAGAAUUAGCAUUCGGCAACGCGUGAGCAAUUACCCAG